GGCCCCGCGGCUGUUCCACAGACCCGUUGGGAGGGCUGGUUUUUGGUUAAAAAGGGGUUAAAGGAAGCAGGUUUUACGUAAGAGCUCCAGGUGAAGUGGUUGUUUGUCUUUACGGGGACAUGUUGGACGUGUUUCCCCGCCUCCAGACGAACAGGAGGGCGCGAGGCUGAACAAAAAGCGUCCGGAUGCUGCGCUGUUCGGAACAGUUAGCUAACUUCAGCUCGGAGUCCGGUUGGAAGCUAGCCCCGCCGUCCUGCUCAGCGGAGCGGCUCGUUGUGACCCGGCAGCUCCGGUUUCAGUCCCGCUGAAGAUGGUGGCUCUCUCCGCGGCGGUGGUCCGGCCGCUGGUGGCCCAGCUUCACCGGCAGCUCGUCGGGAGCCACCGGGUAACGCCCGUCAGGAGAUGCAACCUCACGGCGUGCUCCAGCAAGAUGCACCCCAUGUGGCAGGGACCCCUCGCCGUGCCGGGAGGGGACCGUCAGUCCCCCAUAGACAUCGUCGUGAGGAAGAGCGUCCUCGACACGGAGCUGAAGCCUCUGAAGACCACCUACGACCCCAAGACCUGCCAACAGAUCUGGAACAACGGGUACUCCUUCCUGGUGGAGUACGACGACACGACGGACAAGAACACGCUGAAAGGAGGCCCCCUGCAGGACACGUUCAGACUCUGUCAGUUCCACUUCCACUGGGGCGAGACCAACGACUGGGGGUCCGAGCACACCGUGGACCGACGGCUGUUUCCUGCAGAGCUCCACCUGGUCCACUGGAACGCUGACCGCUACAGUCUGUUUGAGGAGGCUGUGAUGGAGGACAACGGCCUGGCUGUUAUUGGAGUUUUCCUGAAGGUGGGAAAGAGACAUGAGGGUCUGCAGAAGCUGGUUGAUGCUCUGCCGACCAUCAGACACAAGGACAGUGUAGUGGAGUUCACCUGCUUCGACCCCGGCUGCUUGUUACCUGCCAACACUGACGACUAUUGGACGUACCACGGCUCUCUGACCACGCCCCCUCUGACAGAAUCUGUCACCUGGAUCGUCAUGAAGCAGCACAUCGAAGUCAGCCACGACCAGCUGGCCGUCUUCCGGAGCCUUCUGUUCACCUCGGCUGAGGAGGAAGUACAGAAGAGCAUGGUGAACAACUUCCGGGUGCAGCAGCCUCUGAGGGGUCGCACCGUGCGCUCCUCCUUCACCCCCUUCCUGCAGGGGGCGCCGUCAGCCGGAGGCAGCAAAUAAGACCUGCUGAGACCCACAGAGACCUGGACUCACAGAGUCUUGGACUCACAGAGUCCUGCAGGCCAACCUGAGAACAGGUCUAACUUCUAACAGCUUCUUCUGAGAAACGUUGUUUUAAUAAAACUGUUAGUUUAUUAGAACUGAUGAAGACUUUUGCACAGAGGAUGUUAGAAGUUUUUUGUUUCAGACUGAAAACAACAAACAUUAUUUAGACUAAUAUAAAUAAUAUUUAUUAGACACGUUCAGUUAGUUGGCUGCUGAUGGUUUUAUCAUCUGAGCUGUUGUUUGUUUGUUUGUUUGUUUGUUUUUGUUGGAUGGGCCUUAAUCUAAAUUUUCUAACAUUUAGUGACUUUAGAGAAAUCCUGAGUGUUUUGUUGUGUUUGCAGCAGAUGAAUGAGGAGUUUAAUGUUACACAGCUCGUCUGACUGAGGCUCAAACUGUUGAUUUUAAAGUUUUUUCUCACAGAACGCACAAACUGCUGGUGUUCCUGCAGCUCCGCUCCAUCAGUGCCUCUCACUUCGUCAGGUUUCAGUUUUCUCUGGUUUAAAUCUGCGUCCGACCCGGUUCUGUUGAACAAAACGCUGAAAGAGGCUCUGAUAAGCUCCGCCCCCUGUUUGAGAUUUCUGCCUUUUUUUUUUUUAUUAAAGUGAUUUAAAAUGUUUUGUUUACGGAACCUUUCAGUGCCACUUCCUGUUUACUGAAGACUUUACCACAUGAGGCAGUUUAAACCCUGCCUUCACCGUUUUCUUUUUGUUUCUCG